UGUUGUGGUCUUUAUCGAUCGUACAAAACUACAGAGUGCCGUUAUGCGGUGUGUGUUUAUAUACUGUCUAGUAGUAACCCAGAAAAGCACUGAGUGGGGUUUUUUUAAAAAAAAGACAUCGGUAGCUAUUGGCCGUUUCUGUAUUUGACUGUAUUUAAAGUUCUCUUAUGUUUUUCUACUAUUUAUCAUUUUUGAAAAAAAUUUCCGAAGAAACAUUCGAUGAUAUCGGCUGCAUUUUGGCAAACUUGUCUUGGACGGUGUGCCGAAGGCAAUAUUUGACUGUGAACGCGAAAUUACGUAACACCUUGACAAAUAUCAAUAGUAACGUUGCGCACUGUGGCAAUCCAUCCCACAAAUUUUUGGCUAAAAUUAUGGUUUCUAUCCUGAGUUGAACUGAUUACCUGAUCAUAACCCUGUAAGUGUGGGUAAAGAAUUCGGCAUUCGCCUGGCGUUGAUCUCAGAUUUAUCGUGACUAUCCUUAAAUACACUGCAUGACAUCACAAAAGGUUUGGAAAUUCCAUUCGUUCCUUUGUUGCAUCGGUGAUUUGCUUUCGUAUUUUCGACUUGCUUUCCUGAAAAGCUGUGCCUGCGACCAUGGCCGAUUCACAGGCCGCUUCCAGUGAUGAGUCUUUGAAAGACUGGACUCUGGUUGAUGAAGGGCCGGAACGGGCACCACGUGGGAGUCGUAGUUCAUCUACGUCCAGCAUUUCCGUGGAAGAAAUAACCAUCGAGUCAUUGGAGAACGCCAAUAAAGACGACGCCACCCCGUCGCAGACUAAAGAGCAAAUUGCAAUCGGUAAGGACGGCACCUGUGAUUCUGACCUUGACUUUGUUCGUAUUGAAGACGAGAACGACGACCAAUUGAAUGACUGGAUCACCCCAACAGUCGCUGAACAUCGCACGGAAUGUUGCCAGCAUGAGGAUGCGAACGCUGACUGGAGUUCAGAGUGCACCGAAGCCGACUCGGAUGAAGAAACCUCCUGCGAAUCCGAUGAACAGGAAGACAGUGAUGAGCCGGAUGCUGACACUGCGUUCCCGAUGAAUGAAGAGCUUCCGGCUGAUUAUACGUUGCGUUAUGGCCCAUCAUGCCAUAUGUACACACAUCGACGUAACAACCACGUCAAUGAAUGGUUGACGACUGCGCUAUGCAUUGUCUUGGCGGUUGUUUCUGGGGUGGCUAUCGGACAUUUCUUCGGCUCGGAAACUGUGGUGCAGGAUCAUCACGAUGAGCCGUUGCCACGCCAUGCAGCUUAUCAGUAUCCGCCUGAACGCCCAGCGUCUACAGCUCUCUCGGACGUUCAGAGAGGCCAAGUGGAGAUUCUGAAGCAGUUGCAAGAGAUGAUUCGUACGCAAAGCGAUCUGAAACAGCGCGUGGUAGUCCUGGAAGACGAGAAUCGCGAUCUGCGUUUCCGUCUGCUUGAAAAUCGGAAGCGUUGUACGCGAAUCCUGCACAAGCCAACCGCGGUGACUCCAGUGGACGCUCCUGCAGCGUUGAACUAUUCCGGUGAUCCGCCAUCGGUUCAGCGCUUGCAGUUCCGGCAUAUACUCGACCUUUCAGCGCCUGCUCGCUUGUCACAGCUUUUAUUGCGCCAAAAGCAGAACAGAAACGCCGAAUCUCAAACUGCAACAAAGAGCUCCGCGAAUCUCCCGCUGACUAUCUCAGCUGUUGUUGUUCCUCCUAAACGUGAUAAUAACGUGAUCACUGCUCGCUUUUCAACUCCGGAAUCUCUGCACUCUCCUGCCAUAACGAUUCCCAACUCUCAUUUCAUCGGUCUACCGUUUCCGCGCUUUGAACCGUAUUACUAUCCCUUUCUUGACCUGGAAACUCUGUCGCGUGCUGCUGCCGCUGUGGAUAAUCCCGAAUCCUCACCGGAUAACGCCGACCUCGAUUCGAAUUUUUUGCUUGUUGACUCCACUGUGAUACCUCUGAAGGAUUUGGUGAACGAAAGAAAACAUAAGUCCUCUGCGAGUCGGGCUGCACCGGCGUCAGCGAUAUUCAAUCCAUACAACUUCUCCUUUGAGAGUGGCUACCGGCAGGAAACUGCUGAGUUACCAAACCGACAGCAGAUUAAGCUGGUCAAGGUAAAAGAUCUGUACCCGGAAAAGCCUGUUACCAACGAGGAUGUCAAGCAGAACAGAAGCAAAACAAAACGGGCCAACGGCAAGGCCACUAUACCGGACAUCAAGAAGGUUAUCAAAAGCGAGAAGGAUCGAAUCAGGGAGAACAGAAAAAAGUUUGACGAAGAAUAUGCUGAAUUUAAGGCUCGGUGGAAGAAUACAUCAAAUGAAAACCAGUCUCGUAAAGAAGGUAAACUUCGCGAAAAAGCUGGUUGUAAAAAAGGAAAAUUGGUCGAUGAGUGCGAGGAAGGUUACUGCUAUACGAAACAGGAGAAAAAAUAUUCCAAAUACGAGAAAAAGGAUAGUGGAAAAAAAUUUUGGGAUUCAUUGCCAGCAGUUAUUCGAAAACAUUUGGAUCAAUCGGCCAAAAUGGAGCGUAUUCUGAGAGGAUUAGGCAGUGAUAUUGUCAGUUCCAAGGUCUUCCAGAAAGUUGUAGAAGAAAUUCCAGCGCGGCUGAAGAUGUCUUCGGAAUGGUGGGAUUGUCAGUGGAAAUGGUGGCAGAAUUUCGCUCGUAACCGGCGUACUGCCUCGUACGGUGAUUGCGCUGACUAUCUGACUUCUUGGCAGAACCGGCACAAACAGAGCAACAGCAAGAUUAGUAAGGAUCAGGAUAGCAAGUUUUCUAGUUUGAAGAAGGCGAAGAAAUCGAUUGCGGAUCGUUGGGACGAAGGAGACAAAGAGUCCGAUAACUGGUACACGAAACGAGUGUCGGGUCGAGAUUAUCAGAGGCGCUCGCAGAAUCCGGAAUACGGUCCAGGUGCCCGGGAUUGGACGUUUGUGCGUGCUACUCUACGCGAGAAAGAGCGAAGUCAGAAAAAGCAAUUGAAAUCGUGGCGUCCGUCCAACAGCUCAUGGUGGUUUUUCCAGCGUGCUCGGAAUCGCGAUGCCCGUCGUCAACUGCACUAUUCCAAUGUUGUGGACGGUGACAUAUACCAUAGCGCCAUUCCAGGCGAUCCUAUUUAUGCCUUUUUGAAGGAUCGGGCGGUUUGGUAUGGAUCGUACCAUCCUUGAUCCGAUGGGAAGGUGAAGCUUGUUUUCGCUAGAUUCUCUGUUUCUUACCACGGUGGUGUUGCGGUACUGGACUUGUGUACAUAGCCUCGUAAUAGUUUAUUGUAUAUAUUACCUUUCGGAUCGGGUUUGUGGCAGUUUUGACAUUUUAUUUUCAUGCUUUCCUUAUUGGGGAACCUCAGCUUUCAGGGAUAGAUUUUACCGCUUUUUCAUUUGGCGUUUGGUACGUUUAAUUUUGCUUUGGUGAGCAUUAACUCAGACAUUUGAAGUCUGUUAGUUGGUCUUGUUUUUUUAUUCUUUACAGAUUUUAAUGAGCGAACGUUACGUUACGUACGAGUUGUUAUCGUUACGUUUCCGAUGACCUAAGAAGAAUCGCGCGCGGUGU